AUGGACUACUUCGGCUUGGGCGCUGGCAGGACAGACGAGCUGCACAGCCUGGGUUCUGCCCUGCUCACGCCGUCCGAGGCGCUCGGCUACUUGUCGCCCAAGACGCCCUCGCCUCGACAACACUCGCCUGCGACAGCCGCUCUCGCUCAGCAGAUCCAGGAGGCUGCGGACUUGCCUCUCGCAACAGAUGAGGAGAAGGAGAAGCUGGCAGGAGCGCAGGGCGAGGCCGCGAAGCAGACUCUUUCGCCGUCGCGCCUCAAUGCUGUCCUCAAGCAGGACCCCUUACCGCCUCCCCCUCCUCAAGCUCGCUUUCUCCACGGCGGUCCUCCGCUGAGCGACCUCGAAGCGCCAUCGGCCGUCUUGCCGCAGUCAGAGCGGCGGAACAAGCCGAUCGCGAACUCGGAAUGGCGGGCUUUCACGGAUGAAGAGGAGGAACGGUUGCAUGCGGGCUGGGAGCGGUUGCAGAAGGACCAGGAGGCGAGGGACAGGUGGGCGCACUCGAAGGAGAAGGGCGUCGUAAAGGAGCAGGAGGGGAUGAAGCGGGCGGCGGAAGAUGAAGCCGAUCCCGAAGAUUCGCCGUACCUUGUUCCCGUCGGCCUCGACAACCUCUUCACGGUCUCGCUCUUCGACAACGUCCUUUAUCCCGCCUUCUGGUCCGGCAGUGCCGUCCGCGUCCUCCUCUGCCACUGGUUCUACGCCCCGCCCUCAUCGUCCCUCUCCUCGCCAAAUCAGCCGUCGCACCUCAUCAAGCCUUACCCCGUCGACCCGACGCUCUCCGCGUCUCUCGACCGCGCAUACUCGCAUAUCCGUCCAUGGGACGACUCGUACGCUGCCGAGCUUGCAUCGGCGUUGCAGGGCGGUGCCGAAGCGCAGAAACGGCUGGCGACACCGCUUGGAGUGGAGAACGAAGCGGGUACGGAAGGGAACGUCGGGAUCGAGGUGAUCUUUGAGGGGAGGGAUCGAGGAAGGGUGUACUCCAAGGGCAUGCUGGGGAGCAUGAGCAAGUCGCUCUUCAGCAAUGGCAAGGGUCUGGGCGGUGGACAGGUGGUUCUGCGAGGCUGGGACGCACUGAAGGCGUACAUCCAGGAGAAGGCCCAGAAGAAGGCGCCCACGGCGAAGACUGCCCCAGCCGAUUCGACUGCAGCUGUCACAUCUGACUCCGACACGGAAGCGUCGAGUGCUCGACGACGACCGCGCGCGGACUCGGCCUCAACGACCGGAACAGUCAAGCGGUCCGACUCGCCAGGUCCCGGUCUCUUUGCCAGCCUGCGACACCGGAUCGUCGGCGGUCCAGCACCAACCGCAGAUGGCGCCGCUACGGCGCCACCUGCGGCAGAGGUGGAUGGGAAGGUGCCGAACGAGACACAGGAGGCGGUUCAGCUGCGAGAAGAGGAGAUCGGCACGGCAGACGAGCUCGUCCUUGUCAUACACGGCAUCGGGCAGUCCCUCGCCGCCUCUUACGACUCCUUCAACUUUCUGUACGCCGUCAACGCCUUCCGGUCACAAUGCACGUCGCUUUCGACCGCCCCCGCCCUUUCGCCUCUUCUGCAUGGCAAGCGCGCGCAGUUCAUCCCGGUUCUCUGGCGCGCCGAACUCGACUUCGACAACAUCGACAACACGAACGACUCGGCCGACGAGCACCUUGCCAACCACUUCGGCGUCGCAGACAUCGAGAUCCAGAACAGCGUACCGUUCCUCCGGCAGGUCGUGUCCGGCCUCGUCCUCGACGUCCCUUUCUACCUCUCCCCAGCGCACAAGGAGAAGAUGUUGCGCUCGGUUGUCAAGGAGGCAAACCGGAUCUACCACCUCUGGGUGAAGCGGAACCCCGAAUUCGAGCAGAAGGGCGGCAAGGUCUCGAUCAUCGCCCACUCGCUCGGCUCGGUCAUGGCCGCCGACAUCCUCUCGAGUCAGCCGACGUUCGUCAAGCAGCCCGAACUGUCGGUCCGCACGCCCGGUCCGCGCGCUGCGCCCGCCAUGACGCCCGGACUGAAGCCGCUCGAGACUGCCGGCAAGGACGGCCUUACCUUCGCCUUCGACACUCGCGUCCUUUUCCUCGUUGGCAGCCCGCUCGCGUUCUUCCUCCACCUCGGCAAGGGCCAACUGAUCGCGCGGGCGGGACGUGAGCGGACGAAGCACGUUGCGCGGGAUAUCGCUCUCGAACGUGCGGGUCGGUACGGCUGUCUCGCUGUCGACGCCGUCUACAACGUCUACCAAGAGACGGAUCCGGUCGCCUUCCUUCUUGCACCGACCGUUGACGUCCGCUACGCCAAGCUCAUCAAGCCCGUCGCCAUUCCUUCGUCAAACCAGACGCUCCUGCAGAACCUCUCCGACGCCUACCACCGCGUCUCGAAGAUCUUCGACAUGUCGUCGCUGUGGGGUUCGUCAGGCGCGACGACGGGCGAGGACGGCAAGCCCAAGUCUGGCGAGGAGGCGAAGGAGCAGACGGUCAAGCAGGAGCAGGAGAAGGUGGAGAGUGCAAAGCCAGCCAGGCGACCUAGCGGGCCGAAGCGGAUGCCGACGGAGCGCGUCAAAUCGGGCGCAGGAUCCGCCGAGUACGAGUGGGUCUCGCGCGCCGAGAAGCGGAUGAAGGCGUUGAACGCGAGCGGCACGGUCGACUUCUACCUCCCCAGCGAGGGCAUUUCCCAGUACAUCGACGCGCUUACGUCGCACCAGAACUACUGGACCGACCGCCGAUUCUCGACUUUCGUCCUCUCUCAGCUGUUCGCCGAUGACGCACACAUCGAGCUCACGGGUCGCGAGGAGGUGGGUGUGGCGGAUGAAGAGUAG